UCCACCCCUGGUGCUCCUGGUGCUCCUGGCUCCUCCACCCCUGGUGCUCCUGGCGCUCCUGGCUCUUCUACCCCUGGCGCUCCUGGCGCUCCUGGCUCUUCCACCCCUGCUAGCCCUGCCGCUCCUGAGGGUUCCAGCCCUGUUGCUCCUGGCGCUCCUGGCUCCUCCAACCCUGUCAUUCCUGCCGCUCCUGAGGGCUCCAGCCCUGCUGCUCCUGAGGGCUCCAGCCCUGCUGCUCCUGAGGGUUCGAGCCCUGUUGCUCCUGCUGGCACCUCGACUGCCGAGCAGCCCACCGGCGCCUCCCCAGCGGAGCCUUCGGCCUCGAGCCUUACCGGCGCUGCUUCCAAGAUGCAGCCCGUGGCCGGUCUUCUCGCCGCUGUCAUGGGUCUGAUGGCCCUUCUAAAGAAGGACUGUUCUAUGAUUAUGAUUCAGGACUACGACUUAAGACACAGCCAGGCGCACUCGGGUGAGCGACAAGAUACACUGUGCUCAGCUCCUGGUUGA